CAGGAGCGACUUCUCCCCCCUCAAGAUGCGUUUGUUUGUGCUCGGCCUGCUGGCCCUCGGCUCCGUGCAGGCCUUCGCCGUGGUGCGCACGAUCCAGCCACAGCCACACCCACAGCUGCUGGCCUAUGCCCCAGCCCGUGGCGAGUUCCCCGUGGUCAGCGGACUGGCUCAGGGCUAUGUGCGCUACCUGGAUGGCACGGGAGCGGAGCGUCUGCUGGCCUACAACUACCCAGAGCCACUGAACGGCAUACGCGCCAGCGCGGGUCUGCUGCGUUCCGGCUUGGCCUCCGAGGAGCAGCCGCAGGACACGGCGCUGUUCCGCGCCUGGUGCGAGCAGCGCUACAACGCCAUGCGCCUCGAACUGGAGCGCCUGCGCGCUCAGGGGCUGCAGCCCUCGCCCCAAAUGAUGGCCCAGUUCGAGCCACUCGAGCAGAUUGUCAAGUACGCAGCCUUCGACGCGGUGCCCGGCCUCAGUCCGGAGGUGCAGCGCGCCCGCGACGAGCAUUUGCGCAUCUGGAACGAGGCGCGUCUGGAGGUGCUGCGCGCGGAGCAGGCCCAGCAGCUCACGGGACACUAUCAGCCCCAGGAGCAGAUUGUGCAGGUGAAGACAACACAGAAGGCAACGCCCGUGAUCUAUGGACAGCAGUUCCAGAUCAAGUCCGCGGAGGCACCGCAAACGCACUCCUACGGACAGAAUCCGUUCCUCGUGAAGUCGGCAACGAUUACAGGCUACACCCAGGAGACGCCGCAGCCCGUGGAGGAGACACCCGAGGUGAAACUCGCCCGCGAGCAGCAUCUCAAGCAGUUCUUUGCGGCGUUGCACCGCCAACCCGAGGCUGUGCCGGAGUUACCCAUCCUCAAGACAAUUCCUGGCAUACAGCAGCCGCAGGCCAACAUCAAGACAAUCAGCUACGUGGAGCAGCAGCAGCAGCAGCAGUCGCCACAGCCCGUGGAGGAGACUCCCGAGGUGAAGCUGGCCAGGGAGCAGCAUCUCAAGCAGUUCCAUGAGGCGCUGCAGCGUCAGCCCAUCGCAGAAACCAACGUGCAGGCAGCGCCCCAAGUCAAGUACGAGACAGCACAAAGCGAUGCGAGCUUCAAGUUUCCCACAGGCAACCUGCAGACGCCGCAAGCAGUGGAGGAAACCGAAGAGGUCAAGCAGGCCCGGGAGCAGCAUCUCAAGCAGUUCAACGAGGCGCUGCAGCGUCAGCCCAUCGAUGUGCAGCAGCAGCCGUUGAUUCCCAGUGCGCAGUUUGCACCACAGAUAAAAACCAUCGAGCAGCCCAUGGCCCAGCAGAUUGAGGACACGCCCGAGGUAAAGUUAGCCCGGGAGCAGCAUCUCCAGCUGCUGAACAAAGCCAAGGUCAGGGCCGAGGACAAGCUGGAGGACAUCAAAGACAUGAUACGCCUCGAGGAGCUCGAGCGGGACGAGGAGAAGCUGCGCGAAAGGGAGCGACAGGUGAUGGAACAAAAGGAAGCGGCACUGGAGCGACUGCGUGAGGAGGAGCGCCUCAGCCAGGAGUCGCGUCUGCUGCAGGCGGAGCAGCUCAAGAUCGAGGAGGAGGAUCGCCAGCGGCUGUACGCCGAGCGGCAGGCCGAGCAGCAGGAGCUGAAGAGCACCAAGAACUAUGACACCGGCUCGGAGACGACAACAACCAGCGACAGCGACUCACUGCCCCUCUUCCUGGGUGCCACAGAGGGUGGCAGCAUCAAGCUGCUGUCCUCCCAGGCAGCACCAGCUCCGGCUCAGACCCAAGCCUCGACCAUCAGCCAGCAGCAGUCGGUGCAGAAUGGUUUCUUCCUGCGCAUUCAAACGAGUCAACCCAAUGCCAUACAAACAUCCACGGCGCCCAUAGGUGCGCCAGCGUUUGUCUACACGGACAAGGCGGCUCCGGCGGCCUUCAUCCAGCCCUACACAGUGAAGGAAACCUACAGUCAGGCCUCCCCCGCGGGCGCCACCGAACUGGAGCUGGCCACACGCGAGCAUCUGCGGGCCCAUGAGAUAGCGCUGGAGCAGCUGCGUCUGGCCAAUCUGCAGAAGCCCUGGAAUCCGGACUGCAAUCACUAAGGAAGAACCUCAAACCACGAACAACUCUCCAAUUUGAAUCACUUGCAUUGCCCGUAGGUUUAAGCGAACGCACUGCUUUACGCACUCGCCGUAACACUCAUUAUUCACGCCCACACUCAUGUCCCACACACCUCCCACAUACUCAUACUCAUACUCGUACACCUGCAUAGCUUAAGUGCCAAUUCGUAAAUGCAAUUCAGUUGAUAAAACAACGCAAAAA